UUAUUUUUAAAAUCCCACUGCUUCUCUAUUAAGUUUUGAUAGUACAAAGUAGAAACAGAGAGACUAGACUAGAGAGUAUACUCAAAAAAAUUCCAAGAGAGAGAGAGUGCGUGUGUAGCAAUGGCUUCGUCUCCAACUUCGUCGUGUAGUUCAUCGUAUUCGACUCCAUUUUCGUCGUCGAAAUUCUCUUCUCUACCAGUAAUGGCGCUCAGGGAGAAGAUCGUCGAGAAAAUCCUCGAAAAUCGCGUCACUCUUAUCGUCGGCGAGACUGGCUGUGGAAAGAGCUCACAGGUUCCCCAGUUUCUCCUGAGGGAGGGCAUGGCACCAAUACUAUGUACUCAACCUAGGAGAUUUGCUGUUGUAGCUGUUGCUAAAAUGGUUGCAAAAGCUCGUAACUGUGAAGUGGGAGAAGAAGUUGGAUAUCACAUAGGUCAUUCAAAGCACUUAUCAGCAACAUCAAAGAUUGUUUUCAAAACUGCUGGAGUUUUGUUGGAUGAACUGCGAGAGAAGGGAAUGAAUGCCCUGAAGUACAAGGUUAUUAUUCUUGAUGAAGUGCAUGAACGAUCUGUAGAAUCUGAUCUUGUUCUUGUUUGUCUUAAGCAGUUUCUGAUGAAGAACAAUGACCUAAGGGUGGUAUUGAUGUCUGCAACAGCAGAUAUUUCAAGAUACAAGGAUUACUUCAAGGAUCUUGGCAGGGGAGAACGAGUUGAAGUGCUUGCAAUACCUAGCUCUGACCAGAAAACCAUAUUUCAGCGAAAUGUUUCAUAUCUUGAACAGAUAACUGAAUUUCUUGGAAUAAGUUCAGAGUUAAAUUCUUCACAAUAUUGUCCUGGUCCAAGCCCUUCCAUGGCUGAUGCUGAUAUUAAGCCUGAUGUCCACAAACUUAUUCAUAAAAUGGUGUUGCAUAUCCAUGAGAAUGAGCCAGACAUUGAAAAGAGCAUUUUGGUUUUCCUCCCAACGUACUUUUCGCUGGAGCAGCAAUGGAACCUUCUGAAGCCACUUAGUUCAUCUUUUAAAGUUCACAUUUUACAUAGCAGUGUUGACACUGAACAAGCUCUCAUGGCCAUGAAGAUCUGGAAGUCCCAUCGUAAGGUUAUAUUGGCUACAAAUAUUGCGGAGUCAUCUGUGACAAUACCAAAGGUGGCGUUUGUUAUUGAUUCAUGCCGAUCUUUACAAGUUUUUUGGGACAGUAAUCGGAAAAAUGAAGCUGUAGAGCUUGUUUGGGUUUCCAAAUCUCAGGCUGAGCAGCGUAGAGGAAGAACUGGUCGAACUUGUGAUGGCCAGGUUUAUCGGUUGGUUACAAGAUCAUUUUUCAGCCAGCUUGAGGAUUAUGAGUGUCCAUCUAUACUAAGGUUAUCAUUGAGGCAGCAAGUGCUUCAGAUCUGUUGUGCUGAAUCUAGAGCUAUUAAUGAUCCCAAGGCCUUAUUGCAGAAGGCUCUGGAUUCACCAGAUCCUGAAGUUGUUGAGGAUUCACUGAACUUGCUUGUUCACAUGCGUGCAUUGGAGAGGACGCCUCUAAGAGGCCGGUAUGAGCCUACAUUGUAUGGACGAUUGCUUGCCAGUUUCUCAUUGUCUUUUAAUGCUUCUGUGUUGAUACUUAAGUUUGGACUCGUUGGAAUGCUGCGUGAAGGCAUUCUGCUGGGUACAUUAAUGGAUACACAGCCCCCACCCAUUCUUCGUCCUUUCGGAGAGGAACAUUUGUUUACUGAGUACAUCAACUGCUACUUUAGUGGAGAUAGCAAUGAUGAUGUCCAAAUUGGGCGAAAGGAGGUGGUACUCAUGGCAAACCUAUGUGCAUUUCAGUUUUGGCAACGUGUAUUCAAGGAUAAGCACCGUCUUGAAAAUUUGAAGCAACUUCUGAAGUUUGAUGAGAUAAAAGAUACAACAUUACUGCUGCCAAAGAUUGAGGAAGAAUGGUGCUCUUUCCAUAAUCUUUUGCAGUCAUCAUUACAUCAUGUCUCAGAAAUAUAUGAGGAUGUGUUAAGUUCAGUGCAUCGUUUUCGGCCCAAAUUUCUGGCUACAUCCAAUGGGCUGCCAUCCUACUAUGAUCCUUAUGAAUUUGAACAUACUUGCCUUCUCCAAUGUCAGUCAGAUGGAGAUACAGAUGCACUUGAUGACGACCAUCUUGAGCCAUCUAGUGAAAUAAGGAAAUGUGUUGCUGAACCAUUUGUUGCUUCCAAUAAUUUUCAGACCAAUGAUGUGGUUAAAAAUUUGGCAACUACUAUCAAAGAGAUAAGGGUUCUGUGCACAGAAGACAGAUCUGGUAACCAGCAUAUAAAUGCUGACGAUAAUGGUUCUCAUGUCAAUGGGGACGAGUCUCUAUGUGUAUAUUUUAUUAAAGGAUUCUGCAACAGGGGCAGUCAAUGCUUGUUUUCUCAUUCACUUGGAGCGAAGAGACCCAUAUGCAAAUUCUUCUUUUCAUUCCAGGGCUGUCGAAAUGGAGAUGCAUGUUUCUUUUCUCAUGAUCUGGGUCCAUCACCAUCACCAUUACCAUCACCAUCGGCAUCAUCUUCUAGCUCAGCUUUAUGCCUGCCAGAAGAUAGUGAUGCGAAUGCUGCUUCCCUUCUACGUUUUUUCCCUACAUCUUCAGAUGGAUGCAUUCUUCUAUUGGAUGACACAGAUUUACGUUUCUCCACAAAUCUUGCUCGCUACUAUGAUCCAUCCAAGAUAGUCUCAACAACAUGUUUGUCUGAUACAUACAUCUGCAAUCCAUCCUUGACAGGUGUCCGAAUUUUUUGGGGCCUUUAUCACCCAUGCCAUACCAUCCUUGCCAAAGGGGAGAAUCCAAUCCCAUGGGAUGAAGUGAAGUGUGUGCUAUGGUUUCCUAACUUAGAAAGUUAUAGUGAAAAUUUGGAUAGGCAAAAACUUCUCUUGCAGAAUUUUUUUGAAUAUCUAUCCAUUCGGAUAUUGGCUGGUGCCUUGUAUGAAGUGCGAGUUAUUCUUACCAUGAACAAUAUCCGAUUUUCACAACUACAGGUUGAAAAGUUGGGCAGAGAUUUCUUCUUCUUCCUUACUGAGUCAUUUCCGUUUGACAUAACAAGCUUUGGGGAGUUAACAGACUCAAUCACCACAAAGAAGCCAAUGUUGGUAUCGCGGGCCAUCUCUUAUGUUUUUGAUCUGCACCCACCUACUGACAUCCAGUUUGGUGAUUAUGCAGCUACACUGCAGAAGCGUCUGCUAGAUAUCCAGAGCAACCUUUAGAGGAUUUCCUGUGGGCCUCUACAGAAACUCAUUGUGUAAAAUAAGGAAUUAGAUUUUAGAUUUUACUGGUUGUAAAGUUAUUUGCUUUUGGCAUUGUAUAGUUAUAGCAGGAUAAGCGCAUUGUAAGAUUUUUGGGGCAGUUGAGAAGAUCUAUCUAUUCCUAUUUAUGCUGCUUCUGAAGGAAAUGAUGUUACAUUGAAAUUGCCCCUAUGUUAUUUUAUGGAAAACAGGUCUCGAUUUUUUUCA